CAGGACUUUCAAGGCAUGAAAAUGCUAAACAUAAUGAUUAUAACACACCUCCUAUUCAACACUAUAUGCUGCCAGAAAAUGCUAUUAAUGAAUGGAAGAAAAUGCUAGUACAUGCUAUCCAUAAACGACUUCCUCUUGCUUUUCGAAAAACUGGAAAACAAGUUUCUUACGUUGUACUGCUUAUUCAAACAACUGCUGAAAAUUCAGUUCCAGCUUUAGAUGCUAUACUUGCAAAAAAAGUGGCUAAAAAAAAAAAAAAGCAAGGUAAUAUUGAUAAAGAAGAGUCUUCUUCUGCUAUAACCUUGGAAAAAGAUAAAGCAUUGUGGCCAGAAUUUAUAGUAGACUGGGUUCAAGAAACAAUUAAAGAUUUUAGUAGGCAUCAGAUUACCUCCGG